AAAACUAUUAUCUUGCCAAUAAUGUAAUAAAUCCAAUGCAAUAAAUAGUUGGAAAUCAGAACUUCAAUUUAGUAUAAACCAACUAGUCAACUAAGGAUCUGUAGAAUCUGCCUCAGAUUAGAGUUAUUUGAAAUCAUGUCUCUUAAAAUGACGGUUGUUUCUGCACUUCUGGUAGUACUUAUCUGCCAGUCGAUUUCUGUAUCUAAUGCUAGAGAUUUGGUAGUCUGUCCAGAUACUUCACUGGCAAAAACUCAAGUGUACGAUAAAGAAGUGGCAACAACUGUUGUUGGAAGUUCCAUCAGGGUGCGCAUUCCAGACAGCCUUUUCUUCCAAAACAAAAUUACCUGUAUCAUAAUAUUGGACAACCUAGAUUCACAAGAUGUACCUAACAUUGAGGAAGGAGGACUCAAUGAAAAUUAUGCCCUUAUUUCCGUAGAGCCCAGUCUGACUGAACUCCUUAGUUUUAGAAUUCAAGUAUACACAAUGUAAAAAUAUAAUUUAUUAUUCAUUAUAUAUUUGUAUAAAUUAUUUUAUUUCCAAUAAAUAAAACAAUAAAUCCA